UUUUUCUUUUCUACAACGAGUCAAAAACGGAAAACAACGAAAGUAAAACGAAGGCAGUCAAUUAUUCGGAUCAUCCACAUAUUGGAAUUAUUUUUUGCGCAAUAUACAAGAAAAAGCUUUCAGUCGAUUUUUUUGUGAGUUAUUUUUCUUCAAUCAUUCAUCGAAAAUCAACUGCCCGGUGAGGUAGUGUGAGAAAUUUUGUAGCGAUUUGGUUAUCUAUUUGCAAAAUAAUUAUCUGCAAAAGUAGAAAUUGCAAUACAUAUAUUUCUUAAGUCCACGUCUAUUCGUUUGUUUGUACGUGCGUGUAAAAAAACGAAGGAGCAAAAAAGCAAGAAAUUGUUUGAAAAGUAGCAAAUAACUGGUGACUUUCUUGCCGACGAAGCGAAAUUGGAAUAAAUAAGUGAUUUGUGAAAAUAUAAAGCAAAUUAUAAGAGAAAAUGGAGCAAAUGACUCAAAUUAUUACAAAUUUGUUGUCUUCGGAUAACGAUACAAUCAAGAAGGCGACAGCUGAUUUGCAGGAAGCUUACAAGCAUCCCGAGACAAUUCCAGCACUCUGUGAAAUCGCCGUAUCGGCGCCGGAGCCGCAGGUUCGUCAAUAUUCUGCCGUACUGCUCAAGAAACAUUUGGCUAAAUUGCGACAAUGGAACAAAGUGCCGGUUGAACAACAACAAGCUAUCAAGCAGGGCAUGCUUAACGCGCUUAUGCAGGAACAACAAAAAUCUGUACGUAAAGCAAUUGCUCAAUUUGUUGGAGUUUUAGUGCGUCAUGAGGCUAAAAAAGCUGAUUCAUGGAUGAAUGAAGUGCUUAAGUUCAUCUACAGUUAUUGCUCCUCGUCGGAUCCCAAACAAAGCGAACUCGGCUCAUCAACAUUUGCAAUUUUAGCUGAUGCCGCACCUGAUCAGUUUUUACAGCAUAUGGAAUCCGUUUGUGAAAUGUUCACUGCUGCCUUGGUGGCCACUGAAGCAACUGGCAACAUGGCUACCCCGGUGAUUUUCAAUAUUCUAACUGGUAUGACAUACUUGGUUCCCUUCACUUUGGGUCACAACACCGCCGAACAAACGCUGCAAAAAUCCAUCCCAUUGAUCGUUAAAUCGCUGCAAGCUUUCGCUGUACAGCCAGAAGUCGAUCAAUUCGUACACGCUUUUGAUAUACUUGAGAGCAUGGCCGAUUUGAAUGCCAAGCUGUUGAACAACCAUAUUAAAAUGCUAUUGGAAUUCUGCUUGGAGGCAGCUAGUAAUACGCAACUCGACAGCGCUGUGCGCAUCAAAGCUGUGGCUUAUGUCGGUUGGUUGGUGCGUCUCAAAAAGAAGUUAAUUAUCAAGCAGAAGUUGAUCGAGCCCAUAAUUCGUGUAGUGUUCAACUUGAUGGCCACGGAACCGGAUGACGAAGAUGAUGACGAAGAAUACUUUUUAGCUGAAGACAACUCGAAUCCAAUGACCACUGCAACGCAGACAAUGGAUCUACUUGCUUUGAGCGUACCACCAGAGAAGUUGAUCCCACCAUUAUUGCAACUUUUGGAGCCUGCAUUGCAAGGUCAAGAUCCACUGCCGCGUCGUGCUGCUUAUCUAAGCAUGGCUGUCAUAGCCGAAGGCUGCUCAGAGGCUAUUUGCAACAAAUAUCUUGAAACUAUGUUGAAUAUUGUUAAAGUGGGUAUCACUGAUCCCAUCCCACUCGUACGUAAUGCUGCCUUCUUUGCACUAGGACAAUUUUCGGAACAUUUGCAACCGGACAUUACCAAAUUCGCACCACAAAUACUACCUAUACUCUUUGAGUUCUUACAUCAGCUUUGCAACGAAUUACGAAGCGGUGGCACCGAACCUAAACAUAUCGAUCGCAUGUUCUAUGCUUUGGAAACGUUCUGCGAGAACUUGGAAGAUGAAUUAGUGCCUCAUUUGCCGGUGCUUAUGGAAAUUUUGUUCGAAGCUCUAAGCCCCAACAACUCGGUGCGUGUACGUGAGUUGGCUUUGAGCGCCAUUUCUGCAGCGGCUAAUGCAACAAACGAAAACAUGCUGCCCUAUUUCCAACGAUUGAUCACUAUAUUGCAAUCAUACUUGACGCCCACUGAAAACGAAGACAUCAUCAGUCUGCGUCCACAGGCCAUUGACACAUUGGCUGCUUUGGCACGAACCAUUGGGAAGCAGAAUUUCAUGCCUUUAGCUACCGACACAAUGACUUUCGCUUUGAAUUUGCUCGAAAACGCUGAGGAUCCCGACGUUCGCCGUGCAUUAUACAAUCUGAUCGCUUCAUUGGCUGAAGUGGUUAACGAGGAGAUGGCAAGCGUAUUUCCAAAGGUAAUUGAACGUAUGUUUGACUCGAUACUCUCCACCGAAGAAGUGGUGCCGGAAUUCAAAGACGAUGAUGGUGUACCAGCACCAGCUGAUGAGGCUGAUGAAAAUGGUGAAGACAUCGAUAUUGAACACUCCGACGAUGAAGAUGAUGAUUUGGACAAUAUUGCUGGUUAUAGUGUAGAAAACUCAUAUUUGGAUGAGAAGGAGGAGGCAAUUUUGGCAUUGAAAGAAUUCGCUGAGCACACUGGCACUGCUUUCAUUCCAUACUUAGAGAAAUCUUACCAGAAUGUAUACAAGAUGAUCGAUCAUCCACAAGAGGAUAUACGUAAAGUGUCAAUUGACGCAUUGAGCUCAUUCGUUGUGGCCCUUUUCAAACAACAGGAUGUGCAAGGCGUGGCGAAUGCUAUUACAAUUUUGAUACCCAAAUUGGGUCAAAUUGUGCAUGAUGAUGAGGAGGUGUCGGUCGUACUGUCGGCACUCGAAGGUUUGGGAGAUCUUUUGAAGGAGUUGAAACAAGUUGCUUUACCAACCGUCGAGUUACGUGACGCCAUCUUUGCAUGCAUCACCGAUGUCUUGCAUGGCAAGGUCGCUUGCCAAUUCGACGAAUCAAAUGGUGAUGACGAUGAAGAUGCUGAGGAGAGCGAAUACGAUGAAGCUAUCGUUGAGGGCGCUGGCAAUAUGUUGCCCUUAUUGGGUGGUGCUAUGGGACCGGAUGAAUUCAGACCAUACUUUGAACGCACCUUCCCGAUUAUCUUGCAAAAAUUGCAAAAGGCAAGAAAAAAUGAAGAUCUCGAUACACAACGCGCUUUCGCAUAUGGUGCUUUAGCAGAGUGUUUUGAACCCUUACAAAAUCACACUGGUAUCUUCUUCCAUGCAUUCUGUCCCGUCUUGAUCGAUGGUCUGUCUGACGAAUUCGAUCAGGCUCGUCAAAAUGCUGUUUACGGUCUAGGUGAACUGGUGCUAUAUUCUGGUGAUAAAUCGUUCGAAGCUUAUCCACACAUUUUGAAUGCCCUCUCACAAGCCGUUUCGAAGGAGACUAAGCCCAGUGCAUUGGACAAUAUUUGCGGAGCUAUUGCACGCCUAAUCAUCGUCAACAGCACUUUGGUGCCUCUUGCACAGGUGUUGCCAGUUUUCGUACAACACUUGCCAUUGCGUGAAGACUUCGACGAGAACGCUUCAAUCUUUAAGUGCUUGAAACAGCUGUAUUUGCAAGCACGUGAUGCAAUCGCCGGAUCAUUGGAACAGAUUAUUGCAAUUGCCAUACACGUGCUCUACAAGAAGGAAUACACGGAGAAGGAAACAUACGAUACAGCGUUGGGCCUACUGCAGGAAAUUCGUGAAAAUUAUCCCGAUAAAUUCAGUGCAGUAGCCAAUUCGAACCCAGAAAUUAUUGCCUUCUUGCAAACGCUAUAAAUUGCAAUUGAUAAAAACAGUUGAUGAAUGGAUGAAUAGCAAGUGGACAUAAAUUUCAUGUAUUUCAGCUAAUCUUUUUAAUUAUCGAAUGUAUAACGUACGAUAUGUUUAUAAUAUUUGGCGUACAACCAGCUUAAAACAUUAUAGUUCUCAAAAGCACAUUACAUCUACAUACCCCACGUAAACGUAACGAAGAAUUGCUGAAUUUGAAAUGUACCCUUAAAAAUAAUUUGUAUGUGCUAUUUUUUUUCCUAUUGGGGUGUUAAAAAUAGAAUAAAAAACACUAAGACUGCGAGCAUUUUCUCCAAAAACCAGAAAAAGCUAAAAACUAACUGCUCAGUAUACAGCAGGGAUAUGUUUCGUUUUCAGGGACUGAAAUGCAAAAACGAAUAUUUAAUGCAAAAAUUGAAAAAAGUAAUAUCUACUUUAACUGUUUUUAUUCCAUUACGUUUAUAAUUUGCACAGGAAUAUUUUUGUAAAAUGUUGAAAAUGAAGAUGAGUAAAAUAUUUAUUGUCGAGAAAUCAUAAACAUGUCCGUUGAUUUUUGAAAAGAAAGAAAAAAUAAUAAUAAAUGAAAACAAUAUUAUCCUCUUAA